AUGAAUUACCUCAAGAAAGCUAUCUGGGGGCCAGAUCCAAAAGAACAACAUAGAAAAUGUAAACAGCUUGUGCGUCGUAAUGGUCGUCAACUAGAGAAAAGUAUAAGAGAAUUAGGUUCAUUAGAGAAGAAGACUGAAUCAUUGAUUAAAGGAGCUGCACGUAAAGAAGAUUACAAGACUGUCAAGAUUUAUGCACGUGAAUUAUAUGGUAUCAAGAAGCAAAAAUCUAGGUUGCACAAGAGUAAGGCACAAUUAGAUAGUGUUGGUAUGCAAAUUGAUGAAAGUUUUGGGAUGUUGAAACUUCAAGAAAAUAUGAAAUUAAGUUCAGAUAUAAUGAAGGAGGUUAAUAAUUUAGUUAAAUUGCCAGAAAUAACAGGUACUAUGAGAGAAUUAUCACAAGAAUUGGUCAAGAGUGGGAUAAUGAAUGAAAUGGUUGGUGAUACUGUGGAUAUGUUGGAUGAAAAUGAAGAUGAAUUUGAAGAUGAAGAAGUUGAUGAAGAAGUUAACAAGAUUGUUAGUGAAUUUACUAAAGAUAAGUUCAAUAAAGUUGAAAAUGCUCCAGAUAGUAAAUUGGAAGUUCCAAUACAACCAGUGGAGGAAGAAGAGCCAGUUGAAGAAGAUGAUGAGCAUGUUUUAAAUGAAAUGAGAGAAAGGUUAAAAGCUCUACAAAGUUGA